UGUUAGAGGGGGGGAGAGAGAGAGAGGGAUGUGAGAGCAGAAGCCUCCCUUUUACACAGAGCUGAGUCGGCUUCAUCCUCAGCUGCCUCUACCUCUCCUCCUCUUUCUCUCUCUCUCUUUCUUCCCCUCUUUUCUUUUCUCUCUGUCUCCUUCCCUUUCCCCCUGCAGAGGAUUCCGGCUACAUCUAUUCCCUGUCUGAGCUAAAGCCAUGGGGUACGGCCGGUCAGAUAGUUAUCGCGUGGCUACCACGACAGAGAAUAAGGACAAUGAAUCGCCCCAAAAGGGGAAGGCGAAGCGAGAGUUGGAUGACCUUAAGAAAGAAGUGUCCAUGACAGAGCACAAGAUGUCGGUGGAAGAGGUGUGCCGGAAAUUGAAUACAGACUGCGUGCAGGGGUUGACACUCAGCAAAGCAGCGGAGUUUCUGGCCCGGGAUGGACCCAACGCUUUGACUCCUCCUCCAACUACACCCGAGUGGAUCAAGUUUUGCCGCCAGCUCUUCGGAGGUUUCUCCAUCCUGCUGUGGAUUGGGGCUAUCCUCUGCUUUCUGGCCUACGGCAUCCAGGCGGGUACGGAGGAUGACCCCUCAAAUGACAAUCUGUAUCUGGGUAUCGUGUUGGCUGCAGUCGUCAUCAUCACCGGUUGCUUUUCUUACUACCAGGAGGCCAAGAGCUCGAAGAUCAUGGAAUCCUUCAAAAACAUGGUGCCCCAGCAAGCUUUAGUCAUCCGGGAAGGAGAGAAGAUGCAGCUGAAUGCGGAGGAGGUGGUGGUGGGGGACCUGGUGGAGGUUAAAGGUGGAGACCGAGUCCCCGCUGACCUAAGGAUCAUCUCUGCCCAUGGGUGCAAAGUAGAUAACUCCUCCUUGACGGGUGAAUCUGAGCCCCAGACAAGGUCACCUGACUGCACACAUGACAACCCUCUGGAGACCAGAAAUGUCACCUUCUUCUCCACCAACUGUGUAGAAGGGACGGCCCGUGGAGUGGUCAUUGCCACAGGGGACAGAACUGUGAUGGGUCGUAUUGCCACCCUAGCUUCUGGUUUGGAAGUUGGGAAGACCCCAAUUGCUAAGGAAAUUGAGCAUUUUAUCCAUCUGAUCACUGGUGUGGCUGUGUUCCUGGGCAUCUCCUUCUUUGUCCUCUCGCUCAUCUUGGGUUACUCUUGGCUGGAAGCCGUCAUCUUUCUCAUCGGAAUCAUUGUGGCCAACGUACCAGAGGGACUUUUGGCCACUGUCACUGUAUGCCUAACCCUAACCGCCAAACGAAUGGCUCGCAAAAAUUGCCUUGUGAAGAACUUGGAAGCUGUAGAAACCCUGGGAUCUACAUCGACCAUCUGCUCUGAUAAGACCGGAACACUGACACAAAACCGUAUGACGGUAGCUCAUAUGUGGUUCGAUAACCAGAUCCAUGAGGCGGACACCACAGAGGACCAGUCAGGUGCCUCAUUUGAUAAGAGUUCCCUUACCUGGGUGUCCUUGUCUCGGGUCGCUGCCUUAUGCAACCGUGCUGUCUUCAAAGCAGGAAACGACAACAUUCCCAUUCUGAAGAGGGAUGUGGCAGGUGAUGCCUCCGAAUCGGCUCUCCUGAAAUGCAUUGAGUUGUCCUGUGGAUCGGUGAAGGCCAUGAGGGAGAAGUACAAGAAAGUGGCAGAGAUUCCUUUCAAUUCCACCAAUAAGUACCAGCUGUCAAUCCAUGAAACGGAGGACCCCAAUGAUAACCGCUACAUGCUGGUAAUGAAGGGAGCCCCAGAAAGGAUUCUGGAUGUCUGCUCCACCAUCAUGAUCCAAGGCAAAGAGCAGCCAUUGGACGAUGAGCUGAAAGAGGCUUUCCAGAAUGCAUACAUGGAGCUGGGGGGACUUGGCGAGAGAGUAUUGGGCUUUUGUCACUACUACUUCCCAGAGGAGCUGCACCCAAAGGGCUUUGCUUUUGAUACCGAGGACCUUAAUUUCAGCACUGAGAACCUGUGCUUUGUGGGGCUCAUGUCCAUGAUUGACCCACCUAGAGCAGCAGUGCCUGAUGCUGUGGGAAAGUGCAGAAGUGCAGGCAUCAAGGUUAUCAUGGUAACUGGAGAUCAUCCAAUCACAGCAAAGGCCAUUGCUAAGGGAGUGGGCAUCAUCUCGGAGGGUAAUGAAACAGUGGAGGACAUUGCAGCCAGACUCAACAUCCCCGUCUCCCAGGUUAAUCCCAGGGAUGCCAAGGCUUGUGUAAUCCAUGGCACGGACCUGAAGGACAUGAGCACCGAAUAUAUGGAUGAGAUUCUUCAGAACCACACAGAGAUCGUCUUUGCUCGCACGUCCCCGCAGCAGAAGCUGAUCAUCGUGGAAGGAUGCCAAAGACAGGGCGCUAUUGUAGCUGUGACUGGUGAUGGUGUGAAUGACUCCCCUGCCCUGAAGAAGGCCGACAUUGGGGUGGCUAUGGGCAUUUCUGGCUCUGAUGUCUCCAAACAGGCUGCCGACAUGAUUCUUCUGGAUGAUAAUUUUGCUUCAAUCGUCACUGGUGUCGAGGAGGGUCGCCUUAUCUUUGACAACCUGAAGAAGUCAAUUGCCUACACCCUGACCAGUAACAUUCCAGAGAUCACCCCCUUCCUGCUCUUCAUUAUGGCCAACAUCCCCUUGCCUCUGGGCACCAUCACCAUCCUGUGCAUUGAUCUGGGCACUGACAUGGUUCCUGCUAUUUCCCUGGCCUAUGAAGCAGCCGAGAGCGACAUUAUGAAGAGACAGCCAAGAAACCCCCGUACAGACAAACUGGUGAACGAAAGAUUAAUCAGCAUGGCGUACGGGCAGAUUGGUAUGAUUCAGGCUCUUGGUGGCUUUUUCGCCUAUUUCGUCAUCCUGGCAGAAAAUGGUUUCUUGCCAUCUCACUUGGUGGGCAUUCGGCUAAACUGGGAUGACAGGACGUGUAAUGACCUGGAAGACAGCUAUGGCCAGCAGUGGACAUACGAGCAGCGCAAGAUUGUGGAAUUCACUUGUCACACUGCCUUCUUCGUCAGUAUUGUGGUUGUACAAUGGGCCGAUGUCAUCAUCUGCAAGACCAGGAGAAACUCAGUAUUCCAGCAGGGCAUGAAGAAUAAAAUCCUAAUUUUCGGUCUUUUCGAAGAAACCGCAUUAGCAGCUUUCUUGUCGUAUUGCCCUGGAAUGGACAUUGCACUGAGAAUGUACCCACUAAAGCCCAGCUGGUGGUUCUGUGCCUUCCCAUACAGCUUCCUCAUCUUUAUAUAUGAUGAGAUCCGAAAACUUAUCCUUAGGCGACACCCAGGAGGUUGGGUAGAAAAAGAAUCUUAUUAUUAAAUUCGCCGAGACGCAUCUCCCAGACCUGGACCCUCUCCAACCUCCGAAUCCCCCUCCCCUUUGAAUCAAACAAAAAACAAAGAAAAAAGA